CUGGGAGUUAAUUAACUUUUUCUGGCCCUGUCACCUUUCAGUGUGAUAUUAUAUUACACUCCUAACGCCACUCCUCUCCACCCCACCAAGUCCUUGAGGGCUGGGAGCGAACCCAGGAGUCCUGGCUCUCAGCCCUCCCUGCUCUAACCACCAUAGAAUAUCAGGGUUGGAAGGGACCUCAGGAGGUCAUCUAGUCCAACCCCCUGCUCAAAGCAGGACCAAUCCCCAAUUUUUGCCCCAGAUCCCUAAAUGGCCCCCUCAAGGAUUGAACUCUCAACCCUGGGUUUAGCAGGCCAAUGCUCAAACCACUGAGCUAUCCCUCCCCCCAGACCCCACUCCCCUCCCAGAGCCGGGAGUGAACCCAGGAGCCCGGGCUCCCAGCCCUUGUGCCAGCUAGCAGAUGUUGGCAGGGCGGAUUUAUUCAGCAGCUGUCCUGGUUGGGAUGGUGAUAGGUCGUGGGGGUGAGGAUAAUCCCCUGACGUGGGAGCAACCAUAAACCCCCACCCCAGCCUGGCACAGCCGCCCCCUCCUCUAGCCACGGCUCCGGCUCCGGGGCGGCAGCCGGCACCAUGCAGAACGCCCUGGGGCCCGCCUGCAUCUUCCUGCGCAAGGGCAUCGCCGAGAAGCAUGGGCACCGGGAGCUGGGAGCAGACGAAAUUGAAGAGCUGCGCGAGGCCUUCGCGGAGUUCGACAAGGACAAGGACGGGCUGAUCGGCUGCAAGGACCUGGGCACCCUGAUGCGCUCCAUGGGCUACAUGCCCACCGAGAUGGAGCUCAUCGAGCUCUCCCAGCAGAUCAACAUGAACCUGGGGGGCCGGGUGGAUUUCGAAGACUUUGUGGAGCUGAUGACACCCAAGCUGCUGGCCGAGACUGCUGGGAUGAUUGGGCUGCAGGAGAUGAGGGACGCCUUCAAGGAGUUUGACACCAACGGGGACGGGGAGAUCACGCUGGACGAGCUGCAGCUGGCCAUGCAGCGUCUCAUGGGCGAGCAGCUCACCCUGCGCGAGAUCAGCGACGUGGUCAAGGAGGCCGACAUCAACGGGGACGGGACCGUCGACUUCGAGGAGUUCGUGAAGAUGAUGUCACGCUGAGGGGACUGAGCCGCCCCGAGAUCAGAGACUGACCUUGGGGGGGGGUCGAGCCCCAACUGGCUGUCGAGACACCACUACGAGUGACCCCCAAAUCACUGCCUCCAGUCCCCCCCACCGUCCCUACCAACUAUCCCCCGACCCUCCCAUGCCUUCCCCCACACCAUGUCCCCCCAGACCUCCAGCCCCCCCCAUCGCUCGCACACCUCCCCCUGCACUCCCCAUGGCCCUUCCCUUCCUGUCCCUCUCCUCUGCCCCACGGCUCUCUGGAUCCCACCAUCCCCCCAGCUCUCCUCCCCAGGCCCUUCCAUCACAGACACGCAGCCCUUGUGUACAAUAAAAGCCGUGCGUUGAACCCAGGCACCCGAGGGAGGCUUUCUUGGCCAGGGGAUCACGCUUACAACCCGGCAGCGGGACCCGGGGGGGCCAGCCAGAGCGCAGGGCGAAGGGCUUAGAGACGAUAAUCACAGCCCGUGGGGACAACAUAUGGAUGGGAAUAACCGGCUUAGCGUGGGUAGCUGGGGGGGCAGGGCUGGGCUGGCAGGGGCUGCGGGUCGGGAGGGAGGGGCAC